UUUUUGUUUUUUUUGUAACCAAUAAGGACUCGAGGCCUGGGUGCUAAGGGGAAGAUGCAUUUCUUCGUUACUGUGCUGUGCCUGAGUUUGGGAGUGUUAAUCAGCAACGCUGCUGGAAGUGAAUGGUGCUACACAGGCUGUGAUCACACGCCGACUCACUGGCACGAACUCCCCGGCUCUUUCUGCGGCGGCCAAAGGCAAUCGCCUGUAGAUAUAUUGACCAGCCAGGUUGAGAAGGAUGAAAACUUGCACAAUUUUACUUUUGUCAACUUCUCAUCGCAACAUUCCUUCAAGUCCGUCAUAAACAAUGGACAUACAGCCAAAUUCAUCUUAAACGACAAUGAGGUUGAAUUGAGUGGAGGUGGACUCGAUGGCACUUACUCCACAAUCCAGCUCCAUUUCCACUGGGGCGACACCCAGCACCACCCCGGGUCAGAGCACGCCGUCAAUGGGCACAGAUACCCGAUGGAGAUGCACAUUGUGAGUCUAAAGAAAGGCCUGUCCGUGCAGCAGGCCAUCAACGAUUCAGCCGGGAUUGCCGUUCUUGGCUUCUUCAUAAAUGCCACUGAAGAUCCAAAUCUGACGAGUCCUUGGAACACCUUGACCAAUUACCUCCUAAACGACACAGACACUGAAGUCAAUGUGACGCACAACAUAUCCAUUGAUGACCUGAUUGGCAACGUGGACCUCUCCAAAUUCUACCGUUACAUGGGCUCACUGACCACCCCUUCCUGUAAUGAAGCGGUGGCCUGGACAGUCUUUCAGGAGCCAAUCGCUGUUAACAGGAUCUUUGUGGAAGAGUUUCCCUUGAGGACAAGCCUUGUUAAUGUGUACCGCCCAUCACAGGAACUCCAUGGACGCAAAGUAUUUUCAUCUCCUAGCAUUGUUCUUCCAUCUAGUCAUGAAUGGUGCUACGACGAUCACUGUGAGUUCAGUCCUUCCAAAUGGCACCUUCUGCCCGACUCGCACUGCGAUGGCGAGCGCCAGUCGCCAGUCAACAUCGAGGCCCAAACGGCCGUGGCGAAUGAACACCUCGACGGCUUCACUUUUACAAAGUUUGACGACAAACAUGUCAUCAAGUACAUCACAAACACAGGCCAUACAGUAAAGUGUGUCUUAAACGAUGGGGCGUUGGAGGUGUCCGGGGGUGCCCUGGGUUACGUCUACUCUACUCUACAGUUCCACUUCCACUGGGGUUCCCCAUCGCAAGACUCUAAGGGCUCAGAGCACACAGUGGAUUCCAAAAGAUUGCCAAUGGAGGUGCACGUUGUGAACAAGAGGAAGGAUUUAACCUUGGAAGAUGCAGUAAAUACCCCAAAUGGCCUCGCGGUGUUGGGAUUCUUUAUUGAGGCUGCUGCAUCUGACAGAAGUAACAGCUCUUCCGAACAUGAUGACUCACAUGAUUCUUCUGAUGACUCUGUCUCGGAUUCGGCAACCAACGCCUGGAAAAAACUGAGCGGCUACAUGGCAGCAAUCCAAAGCGUUGGCUCAAAGGUAGAGGUCACUGAGGAGCUUUCCAUUGCCGAGCUGCUCGGCGAUGUGGAUUUCACCUCUUACUACCGCUACAAUGGCUCAUUGACCACCCCUUCGUGUAAUGAAGCCGUGGUCUGGACCCUCUUUAAAAAGUCAAUCAAGGUGGACCAGAGCCAGUUGGCAAUGUUCCCCAACUGGACUGGCACUCGCAACGUGUUUCGACCAACGCAGGCUCUUCACGGCAGGACAAUCUACACCACGGCAGGAUGCGGUGGCCUGGCGCCCUCUGUGCUCUCUGCGCUGCUGCUCCAUUCCGUUGCUUCUUUCCUGCACUAGCACACCCGAGUAUAUUGCAUUAUCCAUCUUGCACUUUGCCUCGUUCGGAAUUAUUGCAAAACCUUAAGGAGCCAUGCCGUGGAUUUUAUACAUUAUCCAUGCCAGGCAUGUUAUAUAAUCUUGUUGUUUCAGGAAACGGCAACUUGGAGAUGAAAGAGGAAAUCGUUGUGUUUGCACGCUUAAUGGGUCAGCCAUAUAAACCGUAAGCUGACUGGAAACUUAUCAGUCUUAUCUGUAUGUAAUAAAACAAGCUCUUCAUGGAAUAAAGUGUACUAACCGUAACACAUUAGCAGUAAUUGUACAAAACUAAUACAGUCAAGUGCACAAAUUCAUCACAAGGUAUUCCACCAGGUGUCAUUCAGAUGUUUAUGAUGCCAUAUACUGUACGGUCCAGAUUAGUCACAUCUACAGCGGGAGUUGCAAUAGUUGUGGUGCCGCUGCUCUGAUUUGAGUUGGCCUAUUUGCGUAUUGUCUGUGAACUUUUCCUGCUUUUCAGGUUCCAACACGCAUUUAAAAUGGAGUAAUGUAUAUUUUCGAGCUAUGGCAGGGUGUCGUCCACAGCUACGAGUUAAAACACAACUUUGGAUCUAUUUUUCCCUGCAGCAUCCUAAAAGGAAGUAGCGUUAAAAAGAAAUGUACUGUAGAAUCCUUCAAAUCUUUAGAAGUUCACCUUUUGGACUAAGCAGUCUUGCUAUUGGGUCGUUGUAUUGGGUCCUACUUUUCACUUCCUCCAAUGUUUUUGUACAUUAGGGUAUUUCUAGUCCUUCAAGUAGGCAAUGAUGCACCUGUGCACAAAUUCACACUUUGUUAGUGUGUGGUUUUUUUCUUUCCUGUUUUUAAGCAUGACAAUCAUCUUUCCAUGUGUGAUUUACUCAAUGAAAUUAAACUUGAUUGUUCCAAAUGCCACUUAUAGGGGACUUAUUAUGCAAAACCAACUUUUUUUUAUUUUUUACCUAUUGGUACCUAGUUGUGUAUUUGAGAUAUUUAUAAACCAUUCAAUUUCAGUUUAUUUCGAACAUGCAUAAGAUACAAUGUAAUGCAUCACAUAUUUCCAGUAAUUUCAUUACAGCACGUCCGAAAAGGAGUAGGAAGAAGCUGAGCUUAUUUAAUCCUACCCCUUUUCAUAUCAUAGCAAUUUUAUCCCAUUUCCUUGUUCUCUGUAACAGAACGGUGAAUAAAUAACAUACCAUAUUAAGUAAACAAAUAUUAAAUACAUAAAUAUUUAUCUAAAAACAAACAAA